AUAGAUGAAUGCAUGGUGGAUAAUUCUUGCAAUCCAUUGACAUCCGAUUGCGUCAAUUUGUUUGGAUCAUACGAGUGCCAGUGUAAAAGUGGAUUUGAAUCGGCCCAUUGUAAACCUGACUUGAAAUGUAGGUCUUCUCCAUGCAAGGGCAUUGGAUCGAUCUGUCAGAACAAGAAAGGGACGUACAAGUGUUCGUGCAUGCCCGGAUUCAAGAUGAUCGAUUUGGACGUGUGUGAAGACAUAAAUGAAUGCCUGGAUAACCAACCGUGCGGUCGUCAUCAGUGUCAGAACCUGGAUGGAACGUUCACUUGCAUCUGUCCGACCGGAUUCAUGUUCAGUAUCAUCACGAAGAAUUGUGAAGACGUAGACGAGUGCCAGAUGAAUCGGUGCGACAAGCUGACGACGGACUGCGAAAACACGGUGGGGUCGUUCAGGUGCGUCUGCAAGGAGGGCUAC